GCUCGUUUCGCAUAUGAUGAAUGCGGUUUCGCUCAGUGCCGCUUGCUACUCGUUUGCACCUUUCGGUUUUUUUUUACAUUGGCUGACCCAGGCAUGCACAAACAGGCAUCGUGUUUCUUCCCUGUCCUGUUUAUUGAGGCUGAAAUCAACCCGUCUACACAAGAAGCACACAGGCUCUGUCCAAGAUGACUUGUCUUACAGUUUACCUCCGGAAGCCCCCUGGUAACUCUCCUGAGACAUCAUCUUUAGUCAUUAAUUCAUAUGGUCAGCUCAAACUGUCAGUCUUCAAAGAGCGUGAAAUACUCGUUGUCAGCGUUUUGGAGGCAAGAGACAUGCUGAGUGACUUCCAAGAGUCCUGUAACUCCUAUGUUAAGGUUGGCAAGUUUCCUGACAGUGAUCCAAAGGGAAGGCAGAAGACUCCGAUGGUUCCUCAAUGUAGGAAUCCCAUCUUUUUGCAGACUUUUUACUUUAAGGUCAGUGAGGAGGACCUUCAGAAGAGACUUCUCUUUACAGUUUGGAACGCUGACUCUACAUCAAGAGCGAGUGUUCUGCUUGGUUGCAUGAGUUUUGGCCUGCGCUCCCUUAUGGAUGCAGACAAGGAAACUCAAGGAUGGUACUAUCUGCUUGGGGAAGAACUGGGGAGAUGGAAGCAUCUUAAAGUGCCAGCUGAACACAAUCACCACAUCACUGAGGCUGUGCUGUCGAGCCAUGGUGCUGCCCCUGAGACUGAUCAGCCUGAGAAUAUGCAAUGCUUAACAGUGACCAUCCUUCGAGGGAAGGAUGGAUAUGGAUUCACCAUCUGCUCAGAUUCCCCUGUGAGGGUGCAGGCUGUUGAUCCAGGGGGUCCAGCAGACCAGGCUGGUCUGCAGCAGCUGGACACACUCCUGCAGUUAAAUGGUCAGCCAGUGGAACAGUGGAAAUGUGUGGACUUGGCCCACGCAAUAAGAAACAGUGCCAAUGAAAUUACAGUGGUGGUGUGGCGUACCAGUCCCUCGGCUAAACCCAGUUUUGAAGGCCUCAUCCACCGGCCCUCUUACAAACCCUCAACCUCAAACUACGACGCUCCCUCCCCGCCCACCCGCAGGCGCGCGCCAGAUGUCGGCCCAAGCAAAGCUCCGCCAGCGGUGCCGCCUCUCCCAGCGCACCACCGCCCUACUGCAGCCCACAGGCUGCUGGUGAACGGCUCUGAAACUGGAAACAGUGUCGGUGGGAGCAGAGGGACGCUGGCGUGGGGAGCCCACAUGGGAUCGGCUGAGGAGCUGGAUGGUAAACCUCGUCUCCUCCAUCAUCCUCCAACCGCCACAUUAAAGGGAACCAGGGUGAAGGCAUCCAAUGGGGACAAUUACAUCAUCCUGGCACCCAUCAACCCUGGAAGCCAGAUACUGAGGCCUGUGUAUACCGACAACCAGGGUACAUUAGGUUACAACAGAUUGUACUCCACACGGCAGACUACUGGUCCACAGCCUCAGAGCAGUGCUGGUGGUAGUAAUGCCUUUACUGGGGGUGUUACUGGUGGUGGUGGCAAUGGUGGUGGUGGCUUCUCCAGCCGUACUGGGUUCCUGCGACGAUCUAACAACUCCAAGGCGUCAAAAGGCUCGUCCACCUCCCCCACUGUCGGCCUCGCUAACUAUCAACAACAGAAUGCCAAUUUUGCUAACUACCAGAACUGUACGAUUGUCCGCUCACAUACUCCACACGCCAAUUAUGGGUAUGUCAAAGUCGCGCCGAAGAUCCUCAUCUUCCCCAUAUUUGUUCAGCCUCUGGAUCUGUGCAGCCGAACACUCAUCAUAUCCGAGGAGAUGAUUCUACAUGAGAGCAAACACCACUCUUUAAAGGUCACAGUGUUCGUCUACAAAGAUCUGUUGCUCAUAACGAGAGAAAAUGAACCUGGAAGAUGUAAUGUCCUGCAGAGUCCUCUGUACCUCAGACACCUCCGUCUACAGGAUGAUUAUACUGAUGGGAUGAGAUUCUACCUGAUUCACAUGACCGAGAAGUGUGACUGCCUGCUCAGCCUGGAAGCCUAUUCAGCGGACCAGAAGCGCCGCGUGUGUCAGUGCCUGAAGGACAACAUUGACAAGCAACUCCAGCUUCACAGGAGGGAGCCCUCCGUUCCGCCUUUUGAACAGAUGUUGGAGCCUAAGGUGGAUGCCUCUUCUUGUGAGCUGGGUGGCGUAGAAGGAGACAGGGAAAGUGUGGGCCUCCACAUGCCGACGCACAGCCCUGAAGGUGAGGACAGCAGCCUGUAUCCCUCCAGCCCCUCGGAGCCUGCGACGCUCGGAAGUCCUCAUCCCUCAGAGCCACUCACACCUUUGGAUGAAGUCUACAUGCCCCUCGGAGGUCUGUUGGGAUUGGGGGACCGACAUAAGGUGCCUCCCACACCACCUCCUUCCACAGAAGGCGAAGACUCAAAGAGCAUAGACGGGCACGAGAUGGACAUAUGGAAAGAGAGUAAAGAUGUGGAGGAGAAGGCAGCGGAAGAAGAGGAGGCGUUGGAGGAGGGGAACAGCAAAAGGAGUCAGGAAGGGGAGAAAGAUGAAGAUGCAGAGGAAGAACAUAGAUAUGAAGAAGAGGCCAACUUAAACCUCAUUGUGUCAAACACAGACGAAGACAAUGUCUCCGAGCCUCCUGACACUAAUGCUCCUCCUUCCUCCUCAUCCUCCUCAUUUGUCAUCCCCGAGCUGCGUCUCGAUCGCUCCUUCAGCGCCGACGCCCUCUCCUCCCCCAACACAGACGAAGAAGAAUACGACGAGGAUGAGGAGGAAGAGUCAGAGGAGGAUGACGAAGACGACAGCGAUGACGCUUACUUACAGCGAACUGACAGCAAGCGCCGGAGCAUGGUGGAGGGCGCCACGUGUGAGAAGCACGGCGGAGGGCGGCUCAGCGUGCAAAACUCCCUGCGGCGGCGCACGCACAGUGAAGGCAGCCUCCUGCAGGAACCCCGCACGCCUUGCUUCACCUCUGACAAUGCCAUCAACUGUCUGGAGGCGGGGGGUGUGCACCCAAAGGGUGGCUGGACGCUUCCUUCACCCAAAACCUUAAAGAAGGAACUGAUGAAGAACGGGGGCUCCAUGCACCAGCUAUGCAUGCUUUUCUCUGGGAGGAAGCUGAGCGCCGGAUCCCCCUGCAGCUGUGAGGUCAGCCCUAACGGCACAAAGAAGAAGUCCAAGAACCUGGCCAAAGACAUGAAGAAUCGGUUGGCUUUCCUGCGGAGGAGGAAUGAGUCCCCAGGAAGCAACCCAGCCGGGAAGUUAGACAAAUCUAUGAAGUCAGUCAAGCCCACCCCAGAGGAAGCUCUCAAAUGGGGGGACUCGCUUGACAAGCUGCUGACGCACAAAUAUGGUCUGGCAGCCUUCAGAGCUUUCCUGCGCACAGAGUUCAGUGAAGAGAAUCUGGAAUUUUGGCUAGCAUGCGAGGAAUACAAGAAAAUUAAAUCGCAGUCCAAGAUGGCCUCAAAAGCCAAGAAAAUCUUUGCUGAAUACAUCGCGAUACAGUCAUGUAAAGAGGUCAACCUGGAUUCAUACACUAGAGAUCACACUAAGGACAACCUGCAGAAUGUGACACGCUCCUGCUUUGACUUGGCACAAAGGCGGAUAUACGGGUUGAUGGAGAAGGACUCAUACCCCCGCUUCCUGCGCUCGGAACUCUACUUGGACUUAAUUAACCAAAAAAAGGCCAGCGCCACAUCAACCUCAUCCUCCUCAUAAGAGACGAGGAAGGACAUAAGGAGAAAUGAAAGAUGACGACAGACACAAAUGGGCAGACUUGGAAGAAAAGAAAAAAAUAAAACCCGACAGUGGUUGGGGUGUGAGCUUCAAUGUUUGCCUUUUUGAUUUUGUUUUUACGUGUGCGUAUGUACGUCAUCCUGUUAACUAUGAUUUCUGUGAUGCGUGAGAGGACAUGAGGAAGGUUUUGGCACUGCAAAGGAAUGUAGUUUACACAGUUACCAGAUAGAUGGAUGGAUGAAUGGGUGGAUGUUAACGAAAUUUACAGACGCCCAAAAAGCAAGGGCUGGAACAGAAAUUGAGCGCCUGUCUGAUCACUGUUUCUGAUGUGCUUUUUUUUUAUGCUAAGGUCAAAAGAUGCAUUUGUUUGUGUUUUUGUCCAGUUGUACUAGAGAAAAGGAGGGGGUUGCACCAAAAACCCUGCAGACAUGAAGACAGUCCGGUACUGUUUUUGUCAAUUUUUCCCUUUAGCUCCGAGUUUAAACGCUCCUCUUGCACCACCAUGUCCUCCUUUGUAAAGGAACUUCACCGCUGUUGGUACGAUUAAAAAGGUCAUUUCUUUCUUUUUGCCCUUUCAUCAGAGCUUUGGUGAUGGAGGUCGCAAAGGUGUUUGAAUCAUAAUUACCUUUCUGUUAAAAAAAAUGUCCAUUCACUUAAAGCUUCUAUGAAUGGCCUUUUGCUUUUUUCAAUUCAAGACUGGACACAUCAGCGGAGACAGAUAAGCAAAGAAGAUGAACGGAUGAACCAGAGUCGCAUUCAAACACCAAUGGGAGAACGACUCCCUUCCCAAGCACAUUAAAAGCUUGAAGCCUGAAUUGGACAAAAAAAAAAAAUGACGACUUGCUUCCUGCCUCCAAAGACUCUCUACUUAAAGGAACUGAAAAUCCAGAACUGAACAUCUCCUUUAACAUUGUAGCUCAUUCCGGACUAAUCAGGAAGCAUUCUCAGGACGUUGCUAUUGUAGCUUGGUUUAUCUUCUUUGCUGUUACUGGUUUUCUACACACACUUGUUGCUUUUUUCCCCCCCCACUACUUUUUAUUGAUCCAAUCUGCACUCCCUUAUCCUUCCGCGCUACGCACAAACGUUGCUCAUUUCCUAGCAAAAAGAAAUGUUUUAUGUGUACAAAGGUUUGCCUAUUUAUUUAGAUUAACUUGCUGGACGCUUCUAAAGAAGACACCUUCAUGUCUUCUCAAGCACUCGCCCUGAAGCUUUUUACUUUCCUCUUAACCACCAAACAGGUCCAAUGUUGUCCUAAUCUUUAUAAGUGCAAUAUUUUAUUUGAUUUUUUAUUUUAUUUUAUUAUCAUGUUUGGUUUGUUCAUUUAUUUAGAUAAAUAUGGAUUUUUAAUGGGGGAAGACGGAACAGCUUGAGCUCUGCAUUACCUUUUAUUUGUUAAGAGAAACAUAGUUCGAGCUAUAAGGUUGGCUUAAUGUAAACUUCGAGAUGCAUAAGUAGUUUAUUGUGUUUAAAGCAACUGAUUCUGUGUUAACACCCUAGCAGCAGGCAGCUGGGGAAGUAAUGGUUGUACAUAUAAUUCUUUAAGAAAACUAUGUGAUAACACAUUAAAAAAAUGAACAAAAAAAAAAGACAACAGGUCUCUUCUGGUAUGAGUGAGGGACGCAAUUGUAUCUAUGUAAAUACAAGAGACUCAAAACUAUAAGAUAACAUAUUGUUAAAAAUAGGUUGGAGCAGGUACAAUCUGCUCUGUUCCCCUGGUCAUACACUGCUUGUAAGGAGUUUUAUGAAAUGCAUUUAAUCAUUUUCACUGUUUACAAUUCUAAAUGCAUCUCCUAUGAUAGCAAGUGAAAACAGUAGAGUACAUUUGGUGUCAUUGCUAAUGAUAAAUAAACCAACCAUCUGUUAAAGUAAA